AUGUUUGUAAAUACCCUUGUCGAAGGAAAAAUUCCAGUAAAAGUAUUAAUUGAUACAGCAUCUAAAUAUAAUACUAUUAGCAAACACUUAUUCGAUAAGCUUGAAUCUGAUCACGGAUUAGCAGAUAUAGUUGGUGAUACUGAACUAAUAGACUUUCAAAUUCACAAAAAUCCAUCAUUCGAUCUGGUGUUGGGGCAAAAUUGGUUAUGGAUGCGUGAAGCAAAAAUAAGUUUUGGACAUUCUCACAAAACCCGUGCCCACCAUGCUAAAAUUGUAAUAGAUGGUAUAAGCAUCCCAUUAUUCGAUGAAGAUUUUAACAAAGCCAGCUUCACUAAAAAUAAUUUAUCUAAAUCAACAGAAUCUAAAUCUGGGUCAUUGCUUUGCAACAUACCUCCUAUAUAUCUACUAUUCAGAAGAUUAAAUAAUGAUGUUUCCAAAAAUAAGAGUAAGAAAAAUAAUAUCAAAUAUUCCACAGAUGCUUCUUCUAAUUUAGACACUUUAAACAGUGAUUCAAGUAAUUCUUCCACAUCUAGUUCAGAAAUAAAAGUUACACAUGCGCAUAAGACUAGAGCAGUAAAGAAAUGCCCUAUUCGAAAGCGUAAAGUAAAAGGUAAAGUUAAUUAUUGA